CGCGUCUUGCCUCGGGUUUGGCGCUUGCUUCCUAAAGUAUCCCUAUGAUCGUCGAGACCGUCCGUCUACCGCUCAGACUGCAGCGUCCUUCAGUCUCGGCUGCUGCGCCGUGAGUGACGUUUCAUCUGGCCCGGGAGAGGACGGUUCACCAGAACCCCGGUAGCAAUAUCGUUGAUAUUCUUCUUUUGUCCUGACCCUUCCUACCCAUGACUGCUGUAGCGUCUCCGCCGAGUGUGCAGUCCGGGCCUCGUCUAGGAUGGUAUGCUUCUGGUAACGGAGGACAGGGAAGUCUGACUUCAGUGAACGCGGACGAGGUAUCGCGCAUGUUCAUGCCACGGAAGAGCGUACAGAGAUCCAACUCUUCAUCCUCGAUAUCGUCAACUUCGUCGACGUCUACGGUCGCCGCAGCUUCUCAAUCGAGUAAUGGUGGACAGCACCCGGGCAGUGAAGGAGGAACCUACUCAUCGAAAAAGAAACCCUCGAGAGGUCUUUGGCCGAGCUCAAAAGCGGAACCCGUCUCUGGCGUGACAAACGCUCGGUCACAAGCCGUCCCAGCGCCGUCAUCUGGGCCUACGGCUUCGUCGGCCAUGUCUGCCAUCCAUCAGCCGUCGCCGAUAGUGCCAUCCCAGCAUAUGCUCCAGUCCGCACAGCAAAAUGGCAUCCACCCGGGGGUUGGGCCAUCAAAUGACCCGCCGGCAGUUCUGACGCUCCUGCCUCUCAAUGGCACUUUCGAGAGAAAACAGAUAAAUGUCCCAUACUUCCCCGAAGUUCUGCGAGUGGGUCGUCAGACGAACGCGAAGACAGUUCCGACUCCUGUCAACGGAUAUUUCGACUCAAAAGUUCUUUCUAGACAGCAUGCAGAGAUAUGGGCUGAUAGAAGCGGAAAGAUUUGGAUCAGGGAUGUAAAAUCCUCCAACGGCACCUUCGUCAACGGACAACGCCUCUCCCCAGAAAAUCGCGAUUCUGAACCUCAUGAACUCCGCGAAGGUGAUACGUUGGAAUUGGGAAUUGAUAUUGUGAGCGAAGAUCAGAAAUCUAUCGUUCAUCACAAAGUUUCGGCGAAGGUCGAGUAUGCUGGUAUAUAUGGGUCGAAUCCCAACAUUCUCGACCUGAACUUUGGGGACAUCGAUCCUACGUCGGGCGGAGGCCUUCUGCCCUCCCCCAUCAGCCAAUCCUUGGCCCAUCUUCGUGGAAGGCCCGGCAGUUCAAUGAGUAAUCGGAGUGCUCAGAGUGCCGCUAGCAGCCAAAUCAGCGCGCUACAUCAGCAGCGCCAGAUGAAUUAUUGGGUCUCGCCGAUCAGCAUUGAACAGGUCGUCAAAAGGCUCUCGAAUGAAAUGAAGCAGGCAAAGCAGCAGACCCAGGAUCUACGGCAAACUGACGACUUCCUCAAUGCGCUCAUCACUCAUGACAAUUCCGACAAAGAAAAGGCUAGGCCGGUUUCGCUCGAGAAUAACUCUACUCGUCAGACGAAUGGAAGGCCAAAGGUGCCACGGCUUGAUCCAAUUUCAAGAUUUACUGAUCCGCCUGCACCGCCUCCUCAGCAGCCCUUGCCUGAGAAACCGGAUGCGCCAACUCGUGCAGCUAGUGACUCCAUAUCCAGUCUGAAACGUUCUGAUACAGAGAAGCCGAAGCUCUCAGGUGGAAAUUCACCUAUGGCUCGGGAAUCGAGCCAGGUUCUUUCUCUAAUCGAAGCACUAUCAUCCGCCAAGAAAGAGUUAGAUUCACAAGGUGCUCGCGUGAAAGAACUUGAACUUUUGCUCCUUCAAGAACGAUCAGCCCGUGAAAAUGCCGAGGAAAGAGCUCGAAAGCUAGAAAUACAAGCCUCGAGGGAUGGCCAGCCCUCGGAGGUCGAGGCUGCGUUCGAACCACCGAAUGAGAAGGAAGAGAAAAGUACGAGCGAAGAGCUACCGCACGAGAAGGCCUCCGUUGUCGAUGGCCUUAGCCCAUCUCAAGUUGCUGAUGUCCCUGAAAUAAACGGCGAGGUGCCGUCUGUGGACCCUUCGCCCAAGCAACUGCAGCAGCGUUUGGAUAAUAUGGUUGCCGAAAUGGAAGAGAUGAAGCAGCAGGUGGAGAGCUUUAAGAAGCGAGCGGAACAAGCAGAGCAAGACAAACAGGAGGCACGAAAAUCACUCGCAGAAAUGAUCGAAACAUUGCGGCGUGAGCGCGAAGAAGCUACUCGCGCAACGGAUCAUAAGUCAGAAAAAGGCAUCCCUGACCGUACAGCAUCUGAAGAUGCUCCAGACCCUAUUGCUCAAUCCCGUCGUUCUGUCACUAGCCACCAGGUCAAGGAGCUCGAAAAUGCAUCCACUGCAUUCGCGACGCAGCACCAUCGAGACGAUGUUUUGGUUCAAUCAAGCCCUUAUGCGUCCAUGCUUGGUGUUGUUCUUCUUGGUGUCGGCAUCAUGGCUUAUCUUAACGGUUGGCAGAAGAUGGACAAAUAGUUGUCCGCUUGUCAAGCUGUCGGGAAUGUUCAGCUGCUGGCUUGUCAGUUUGAUUCAUUCAAUAGAGGCAUCACCGGUGGGGCAGCCGGUUCGAAAUUCUAGUGCUUUUUGACACAUCUGCUUUUCACCAUUAG